AUGGGAGCCGACCACUCGACGCCACCGCCGACCAAGCAGCGCCGCGUCGCUAUCCUCGGGCCGUCGGGCGCCGGCAAGACGACGCUGCUCCUCCAAUGGACCCACCACGCUAUCGUACCGACGCUGCCCACCGUCGGGUUCAAUGUCGAGACCGUUGUCUUCGAGGACACGCUCUUCACGAUGUGGGACAUUCCGGGCCAAGUCGCGUUGCAGCCAUGCUGGCCGCAGUACUGCAGCAGCGUCGAUGCAGUCGUCUUUGUCGUGGAUGCGACCGGCCGCAGUAGCCUCGGUGCGGCGCGGGACGCAUUGCACGCGGCGUUUGCCGUCGCCCGUCCAUCUCGAUGCCUCAUCGUGGCCAACAAGAUAGACCAGCCCGAAUGUGUCGAUGCAUUGGAGCUGCUCGAGAUCCUUCGACCGGGCGAUGUCUUUGGCACGUCCUGGAGCUACUGCGCGGUGAGCGCAACGCAAGGCGAGGGCCUGCGGCAGUGUCUCGCCUGGCUCGCCCACGAGCCUCUCGACGACGGCGCGCUGCUACAAAUGCAAGACGACGACGACGACGACGCCAAUGAAGAGGAGGCGCGGGAUGAUUGGAUCUGGAUUGGAUCUGCCACCCACUUGCCCGGGUCGCUGGAGGUCUACUAUACCGACAUUCCGCUCUAA